CUGAUAACUUUUGUCUGCGAAAUGUUUUUAACAAGGAACUAUAUUGCUUCCGGUGGAAUGUAUCUUCGAGCAGAUCUCGCAGUUGCACAAGUUACAUGACCGGAGAGAUUCACGCCUAACGUUAAGAAACCUCAAGAUGUCAACAACCGGACGAAUUUGCUCUCGUUUAUCACACUUUUCUUUAUAUCACCAUCUUUGUACCAAAAGAGGAGGGGUGACCUUAAGAGCAUGUGCCACCAGAAUGUUGUCCAUGACAUCACAGCUACACGCUGAGUCCAGAAAACCUCCUGAUAAUAAUGAAGAAACACCAAACCCCAUUAAGUUCUCCAGCAGCAAAGCCAGCCACCGAACAUGGAACGUGGACCGCUCGUUAGGCAGCACUUAUAAGCGGCCAUGGUGGAAAGUCAUGCCAAUCAGUAUCAUUGGAGUGGGCUUCCUUCUCUGGUGUGUCUUCAGAAAAGAGACCAAGAUAGAUGAGUCUCUGGAGAAAAACCUGUAUGAACAUUUACCAGACUUGUUGUCAGAUGAAGAAGAGGAAGCUGUUAAAAACAAGCCAUGACAGUGGCUUAAAUGGGACAUUUUCUCUUUGUAAUGUUUAUUUAUUGUUCACUAAUGCCUUCAGUUUUUUUCUGUAAACUGCAACAUAGGUAGAGUUAAACAUGUAUUAAAGGAGUCAUAUGGGACGAA